AUGUCUGCUAUUUCCAAGAUUUUGAACACAAACCCAUCCGAAUUAGAAUUGUCUAUUGCACAAGCUUUCCUCGACCUUGAAGCUUCUGCUUCAGACCUUAAGUCGGAUUUGAGAACUUUGCAGUUCAAGUCUGCCCGUGAGAUCGACGUCGCAGGUGGUAAGAAGGCUAUUGCUAUUUUCGUUCCAGUUCCAUCCUUGAGCAGUUAUCAUAAGGUCCAGCAAAGAUUGAUUCGUGAAUUGGAGAAGAAGUUCUCCUCUCAACACGUUGUUAUCUUGGCCGAACGUCGCAUCUUGCCUCCAUCCUCUAAGGGUCAGCACCAGAAGAGACCAAGAUCCAGAACUUUGACUCAGGUCCAUGACAAGAUCUUGGAGGACUUGGUGUUCCCUGCCGAGAUUGUUGGCAAGAGAGUCAGACACUUGACCGGUGGUAACAAGGUUUACAAGGUUGUCUUGGACGAAAAGAACGUCUACGACGAAAAGUUGGAAAGCUUCACCCAGGUCUACGCCAAAUUGACCGGCAAGCAGGUUGGGUUUGAAGUUGCCAACACCGUUGCCUAG